AUGAAGCUUCGACUGCACUUUGUGGUGGACCCCAUGGGCUGGCUGUGUAUCAGCAUGGUGUUUGGGAUCUGGCUCUACAACACUUUCUUUGUCACUAAACUGGUUCUGCUUCCACACUACAAUGAGGGACACAUCCCUUGGGUCAUAGUCGUUUGUUAUUACAUAGCAUCAGCACUCUGCUUUGCGGCCCUAUUCAGAGCUUCCACAGCAGAUCCCGGCCGUCUUCCUGUGGACCCCCACAUACCUCACUCCGAGCGAGAGCAAUGGGAGUUGUGCAAUAAGUGCAACUUAAUGAGACCCAAAAGGUCCCACCACUGCAGCCGUUGUGGACAUUGUGUACGCAGAAUGGACCACCACUGUCCUUGGAUCAAUAACUGUGUGGGAGAAGACAACCACUGGCUCUUCCUGCAGCUCUGUUUCUAUGCCCAGGUCCUCAGUUUGUACACCCUGGUGCUGAACUUCUGCCAGUACUAUUACUUCCAGCCGCUGACGGGACUAGACCAGGAGAUGUUUACAACACGCCAUGAACUGGCUCUGCUGCGAGUCUCGGCGCUCAUGGGUUUGGUCAUGUUUGCUGGCAUGACUAGCUUGUUUUACACUCAGAUGUCGGGCAUCCUCUCUGACACUACCACCAUUGAGAAAAUGGCUCAGUUCACCAAUGAAAUAUAUGGCUCAAAGAAAUCCUGGCAGUGGGCGCUAGCUGAAGUUUGUGGCACUCGCUGGAAAUUCCUGUGGCUCAUCCCGCUCCGAAGCAGGCAGCCGAUCCAAGCCAGCCACCACUUCCGCACCCACGUGUAGGCCGGUAGCACUACAGUAGCUCCUGGGCUGCCAUGAUGAAACACUGUAUACACACUUAAGAAUCCAUCUGCUCGCCUCCAUUGUCCUCUUUUGUGCUAUGGGAGCUGGGCAGCAGCUUUGGUAUGUGGAUAUCCUAAGCUUUUUUUUUUUUGCCUUUCUCUACAAGGCCCAGACUGGCAGUAAACAGGGUCAAGAAACACCUAAAGGAGUGACGGGAAAAUUAUGCUUUUUUUACUCACUGUGACUGCUACUUUCAGCAUUUGGAAACCACUUUUAAUGGCUAAUUGCAUCAGAAGGAUGGAAGUGUUCACCUGAAAGCAGCUGGCGAAAUGGAACCCCUCUCAGGUUACUUUAGAGCCUUUACUACUGACCUUUAAUCAGCUACAGACAGAAUCAGUGUGUCUAUUAGAAAGGCAUUUCUGUGUAAAGUUUGUGCCUUGUUUCUUUUAACUAUGUCCUUUUUAUUUGCCAUGCAUGAGCUGUUUUUUUUUUUAUUUUUAGAUUUUCUGGUUGUUGAUCUUCCAGUGUGGAAAUUUCUUGUGAAUAGCGAAGGGAUCUGGCGUCAACUGCAUUCCUGAUGAUUUAUGAAUGUUUUCUUGCAUUGUUCUAUGAACGUUUUAUCUAUGAAGUGAUGUUUUAUGAAGCUUGGCCACAGAACAAAGUUCACAACUUGAAUACUGAUAUGUGAUACUUUUAUGACACGACCAGCCGGGUAUUAUGAAGUGUAAUAGCAAGCCGAUAGUGAACACUUCACCAUGCCAUGGUAAAAAUCCAAAAGUAGAAACAAGUUUAUACUAUCAAUCUUAAGCUGUAGAUGUCGUAGUCAAAGCUGCUGUAUAACGAGCAUUCCACAGCCAAUUAACCUGCAGUGAAAUCCUUAUUGAAGAUGUUUGAGUGUCAAAUACUAUCAAAUAAUACUUAAAUCACUACGUUUAUCUUAAAGGAAUAGUUCGACAUUUUAGGAAAUACACUUUUGUGCUUUCUUGCCCAGCGUAAGAUGAAAAGAUAGAUACUCUCAUGUCAGAAAGUGGUAUUGGACUUCUCAUCUAACUCUCGGCAAGAAAGCAAAUAUAAUUCCCCAAAUAUCAAACUGUUCCUUUAAAUCUGUUCAGCUUAAAGGAACAGUCUGUAACAUUUAGGGGGAUCUAUUGGCAGAAAUGGA